UGCGUGAUUUGUUUUGCUUAAAAACCUCGGGUCACAUGAUAGUGGAGGAGCGGGGCGGUUGUGGUGUUAUUGCCGGGUUUUUUUUGCCGUGCGCGCUGACGAGUGUGCGCACGCGUUUUUACGUCACAGCUCCACCUUCCCGGCGGCGUCUCCGUCUUCCCGUCAGUGAGAACAGAAGUCGGCGAAGGCGAGCCAGAGGCCGUCGCAGCCGUUCUUCCUCCCUCUGUCAGUUUAUUUUUCGCUUUCGGCCUGGUAUGGCGAUGGAUACGAGCGGCAAAGAGAAGGAGGCGCUGCAGCUCCUCGCCGAAGCGGACAAGAAAGUGCGCGGCUCCCAGGGAUUCUUCUCGGGGCUAUUCGGGGGUGGCUCCUCCAGAAUUGAGGAAGCAUGUGAUAUCUAUGCAAGAGCGGCCAAUAUGUUUAAAAUGGCCAAGAACUGGAGUGCUGCAGGAAAUGCAUUCUGCCAGGCUGCUCAGUUGCAUCUUCAGUUGCAGAACAAGCAUGAUGCAGCCAUGAGCUUUGUGGAUGCUGGCAAUGCCUUCAAGAAAGCUGAUCCUCAAGAGGCAAUUAACUGUCUCCUCAGAUCUAUUGAGAUCUAUACAGACAUGGGCCGUUUCACCAUUGCAGCCAAGCACCACAUAACAAUAGCAGAGAUCUAUGAGACGGAGCUGGUGGACAUUGAAAAGGCAAUAGCCCACUAUGAGCAAGCUGCAGAUUACUAUAAAGGUGAAGAAUCUAAUAGCUCUGCAAACAAGUGUUUGCUGAAAGUGGCUACCUAUGCAGCUCAACUGGAGCAGUACCAGAAGGCUAUUGAGAUCUAUGAGCAGGUGGGGACCAGCGCCAUGGACAGCCCCCUGCUGAAGUACAGUGCCAAGGAGUAUUUCUUCAAGGCAGCGCUCUGCCACUUCUGCAUUGACAUGCUCAAUGCCAAGCUGGCUGUACAGAAAUAUGAAGAAAUGUUCCCAGCUUUCUCAGACUCCAGAGAGUGCAAACUGAUUAAAAAAUUGCUGGAUGCUCAUGAAGAACAGAACAUUGACAGCUACACUGAAUCGGUGAAGGAGUAUGACUCCAUCUCUCGCUUGGAUCAGUGGCUCACCACCAUGCUCCUACGCAUCAAGAAAACCAUACAGGGUGAAGAGGAGGACCUACGCUAAGCUGUUGCCUCCCCCAACCUCUGCCUCUCAUCUGCAGAACUCUGCCUGGAUCGGCUCUGGGGCAGGAGAGAGGUCUCGGCACAAAGGAACUGGACUUGAACGGCAAAUGGGUUAUUACUGCUCCUUUUCUCAUCACCUCUCUCUCUCUCUCUCUCCUUCCUGCCACCUCUUAGUACUGCAAAAAACAGGGCUGGGGAAUGUGUCGCCUGCGGACUAACUGCAACUGGAGAGAGGUGAAGGCUGUAACAUGGACGUUUUCCCUUUUGUUGCCUUGCUGUCCCUUCCCAGAUCCAAGCACGUUGCUUUCUGAACCAGCAUUUACCUACUUCCAAUGGCUUAAAAUCAUUUGUAUGGCUUAACAUUUAAAGUCUCUCUAGUGGGUUCAGAUGAUUGCAUCAGCUUCCUUUCUUCCUCCCAGAGAACUUGUUGGAAGCACACCUGGGGUAGAAGGUAGCCUCUUUUUUGUACAGCAGAGGAGAUGCCCCCAUACCUGUGGCCUCAUCCCUUGGACCACAUCUUCCAGAGCAGUUCCAGCCUCCCUCCCUCAGGCAGAGGUUGGGUGGCAGCUUUUCCCCCUUUCCUUGGGCUUGUAUCCAAUACCUGUCCUCCAAAAACAGAAGCAUUGUUUCUGUUCGAAAGAUUGACAUGUAACUGCCAGAGCUGGGUCUUCUAUGGAGGCUGGCACACCCACCCCCAAAUUUCAAGUACUGGCAGACAUCUGAGAACUCGUAGAAAUUCUAAAUAUUUUAAACAUGGUGUAUGUGCUAAUUCUGCUUCUUUUCCUGACUUCAAGAAGCUUUUCUUGCCCCCUAGUUUACCGUCUUGAAUUCAGGUAGGAAGGUGCUCUCCCAGCUUCCCCCUUGUCUUUAGAAGUCAGCGCCACUCACCCAUACAAUAUACACAAGUAUGGGGGUCAGUGUAUAUCCAUUUGCUGUCACUAGGGGAUGUAGGAUGUAUGUUCUCCUGCUGCCUGCAUAGGAAGAGGCAGACAAACCCUGAGCCAUGCAGCAGGUAGCCAAAAACCUAUUUAAUGCUAGUAACUCUCUUUGUGCUGAAGCUGUCUUGAUUAACUACCAUCUUGUCUUGCAUGGUUCUCCUUCAGGCUUAGUUUGAAGGGAGCAAUUCUUCUGCUGAGUAUUCUAUGUUCUGUAUUCAUUGUCAUGAAGGUUUUUUCUCCCUGGAUUUCUUCUUGUGUUGGCUUUCAAAGAAACAAAACUAAAGUUAUCAUGUCGUUUGAGACAAAAGGGUUGAUAUCUUCAUGAGGGAUUCUCAUGUUAACUUUUUAUUAUUCAUGGGGGGUGGGGGGUGGAAUUAAGUGCUGCUGCAUGUUUUAAAAUGUCCACCGGAAAGUGACUCUGAUAACAGUAAAAUAACUUGCACACAGCAACAAACAAUAAAAUUUGCAUGGAUGGAAAAAAA